UCCAAGCAACCGCAGGAGAGGCGAGAGCUGAUUGGAAAUACGUCAAAGGAGGAUUGGAAAUUGCGAGUCAGGGCCAGCACCAACUCGAGAAUUGCUACGAGGACAACACGACCCAAAGACACGGCGCGCGAACAACGUGCACACCCUCGAGACGAAGCUUCCGCGACAAAACUUGAGGAUACGAACUUGGGGCCAGAUAAGGGGAAGGGGAGAUCACUUGGGAACAAGACAGGUGGAAGAGAUAUAGAUCGGGAGGAAGAGCACAACGAGCAAGAUGGGUGCUAGUAUGUCGUGGUUGUCGGGGCUGCUAUUCGCGAAGAAGGAGAUCCGGAUACUGAUCCUGGGAUUAGACAAUGCGGGAAAGACUACAUUGCUUUACAGAUUGAAGAUUGGAGAAGUCGUUACGACGAUACCCACGAUUGGGUUUAAUGUCGAGUCGGUCACAUAUAAGAAUCUGAAUUUCAACGUCUGGGAUCUCGGUGGACAAACCUCAAUCAGACCCUACUGGCGAUGUUACUAUGCCAACACGGCCGCCGUGAUCUUCGUGAUCGAUUCAACUGAUAUCGACCGGCUAGGAACAGCAUCCGAAGAGCUCGCAGCCAUGUUGAAUGAAGACGAGUUGAAGGACGCAGCGCUGUUGGUGUUUGCGAAUAAGCAGGACCAGCCGGGGGCGAAGGGCGCGGGGGAAAUCAGUGAGGUGUUGAGGCUGGGGGAGCUGAGGGAUCGGAACUGGAGUAUCGUCGCCUGCAGUGCGGUGGAUGGGAGGGGUGUUGAUGAGGGAAUGGAUUGGCUUGUGCAAACGGUGCAGCAGGACUCGUAGGGAGCUGAAAAGCAGCUUGUAUCAUCACCACGGUUGCCAUUGAGGCAGUCCGCCUGGAGCACAUCACGGAGAAAG